CAACCACCCCCCCCCCCUUGCCCACCUCCCCGGUUAAAGGAUGCCGGAUCAAAUAUCGGUGUCCGAGUUCCUCUCGGAGACGACCGAGGAUUACAAUUCCCCGACCACGUCCAGCUUCACCACCCGCCUGCAGAGCUGCAGGAACACAGUGAACGUGCUGGAGGAGGCUUUGGAUCAGGACCGAACGUCCCUGCAGAAAGUGAAGAAAUCCGUGAAGGCCAUCUACAGUUCAGGACAAGACCACGUCCAGAAUGAGGAGAACUACGCUCAGGCCCUGGACAAGUUUGGCGGCAACUUCAUCAGCCGGGACAACCCGGACCUGGGAACGGCCUUCGUCAAGUUCUCCUCCCUCACCAAGGAGCUGUCCGCCCUGCUGAAGAACCUGCUGCAGAGCCUCAGCCACAAUGUGAUCUUCACCCUGGACUCGCUGCUGAAGGGCGAUUUGAAAGGCGUGAAAGGGGACAUAAAGAAGCCCUUCGACAAAGCAUGGAAGGACUACGAGGCCAAGUUCACGAAGAUCGAGAAGGAGAAGCGCGAGCACGCCAAGCAGCACGGGAUGAUCCGCACCGAGAUCACCGGCGCGGAGAUCGCCGAGGAGAUGGAGAAGGAGAGGCGUCUCUUCCAGCUCCAGAUGUGCGAGUACCUGAUCAAAGUAAAUGAGAUCAAGACCAAGAAAGGAGUGGACCUGCUCCAGAACCUGAUUAAGUAUUACCACGCGCAGUGCAAUUUCUUCCAAGAUGGCCUGAAGACGGCGGAUAAGCUGAAGCAGUACAUCGAGAAGCUGGCGGCGGAUCUCUACAAUAUCAAACAGACUCAGGAUGAGGAGAAGAAGCAGCUGACCGCCCUGCGGGACCUGAUCAAGUCCUCCCUCCAGCUGGACCAGAAGGAGUCUAGAAGAGACUCUCAGAGUAAGCAGGGGGGCUACAGCAUGCACCAGCUGCAGGGAAACAAGGAGUUUGGCUGCGAGAAGAAAGGCUACCUGCUGAAGAAGAGUGACGGGCUGAGGAAGGUGUGGCAGAGGAGGCAGUGCUCAGUGAAGGGGGGCAUGCUCACCAUCUCUCAUGCCACAUCCAACAGGCAGCCGGUCAAACUCAACCUGCUCACCUGCCAGGUCAAGCCCAGCACUGAGGACAGGAAGUGCUUUGAUCUCAUUUCCCAUAACCGGACAUAUCAUUUCCAAGCCGAGGAUGAGCAGGAGUUUGUCAUCUGGAUCUCGGUGCUGACCAAUAGCAAGGAGGAGGCCCUGAACAUGGCGUUUCGCGGCGAGCAGAGCAGCGGCGGCGAGGACGGUCUGGAGGAUCUGACUAAAGCCAUCAUAGAGGACGUGCUGCGCAUGCCGGGCAACGAGGUCUGCUGCGACUGCGGAGCUUCAGACCCGAAGUGGCUGUCCACCAACCUGGGGAUCCUGACCUGCAUCGAGUGCUCCGGUAUCCACCGAGAGAUGGGAGUCCACAUCUCCCGCAUCCAGUCCAUGGAGCUCGACAAGCUCGGAACCUCAGAACUCUUGCUGGCCAAGAACGUAGGGAACAGUAGUUUCAAUGAGAUCAUGGAGGGGAACCUCACUUCCCCUACACCGAAGCCCACUCCAUCCAGUGACAUGACGGUGAGGAAGGAGUUCAUCAACGCCAAGUAUGUGGACCACAAGUACGCCAGGAAGACGUGCACGUCCGCGUCCGCCAAAAUGAUCGAGCUGUUUGAGGCGGUCGAGUCCAGGGACCUGCUGUCCCUCAUCCAGGUCUACGCCGAGGGGGUCGAACUCAUGGAGCCGCUCCCGGAGGUCGGACAGGAAUCCGGAGAAACGGCACUGCACUACUCCGUACGCACGGCUGACCAGACCUCCCUGCACUUGGUGGACUUCCUUGUGCAGAACAGCGGUAACCUGGAUAAGCAGACGGAGUGGGGCAACACGGCCCUUCAUUACUGCAGCAUGUACGAGAAGCCCGAGUGCCUGAAGUUGCUCCUGAGGGGGAAGCCGGCCACGGAUAUCACCAAUCAGAACGGAGAGACGGCGCUGGAUGUUGCUAGGCGACUGAGGAACACUCAGUGUGAGGAGGCACUGGUGCAGGCCGCGGAGGGGAAGUUCAACCCCCACAUCCACGUGGAGUACGAGUGGAGCCUCAGACUGGAGGAGAUGGACGAGAGCGACGACGACCUCGACGAUAAGCCCAGUCCCAUCAAGAAGGACCGCUCCCCGAGGCCUCAGAGCUUCUGCCACUCCUCCAGCCUCUCCCCCCACGACAAGCUCUCCCUGCCGGGCUUCAUCAGCCAGCGGGACAAGCAGCAGCGCCUGUCCUACAGCGCCUUCACCAACCAGAUGUACAGCGCCUCCACCGACCUCACCUCCUCCCCUGUGGCCGACGGGCCGCCGCUGCCCCCCAGGAACCAGGGCAAAGCUCCUCCCCCAUCUGGCCCUCCCUCUACACUCACACCGGGAGGCAGCUCCACCCUGUCCAAGAAGAGACCUCCGCCCCCGCCUCCUGGACACAAACGCACCCUGUCUGACCCACCCAGCCCGCUCUCUCACAGUCCACACAGUAAAGGGGGCUUGACUGGGGGAAGCGACUCCACCCCUCCUCCUGUCAACAAGAUGUCUCCUAUUUCCAACAAGUUUGAAGGAAUUCCUCAGCAGCAAAGCACUACGUCAAGCAACACAAAGUCUACCCUCGGUCCACGGGUCCUUCCCAAACUACCUCAGAAAGUGGCGUUGCGGAAGAUUGACACCAUACACCACCCGUCCGUGGAUAAGCCCAGCCUCCCUCCAGAGGUUUUCCAAAAGUCCCCGCCGGCGUCCGACCCCCCGCAGAAGGCUCCUCCGGCCGACCGGCCCCAGCCGGGGGACCUGCCCCCCAAACCGCAGCCGUCUGAACUCCCGCCGAAACCCGGAGAACUUCCUCCGAAGCCGCAGCUCUCCGACCUCCCGCCCAAACCCCAGCUGGGCGACCUCCCGCCCAAACCGCAGCUCAAAGACCUGCCCCCCAAGCCCCACCUCGCCGACAUCCCCCCGAAACCCGGGGCGGCCGAGUCCGCUCCGAGGGCGCCGCCCGGCGACGCGGUGCAAAGGCCUCAGACGCAGCCGCCGCCUCCGCCUCAGCCUCAGGCGCCGCCGCCGCCGGACUCGCCGUCGCCCAGUCAGCAAGCCAACACGGGGACCCCCACCCAACAGGCCGCCGAGGACACCAACGGGACCCUGGCGGGGACCGCGGAGACACCGGUGCCCCUCCCCAGGAAGAUCAACACGGGGAAGAGCAAAACCCGUCGGGUGAAGACGAUCUACGACUGCCAGGCCGACAACGACGACGAGCUGACUUUUGUUGAAGGAGAGGUGAUUAUAGUAACGGGAGAAGAGGACCAGGAGUGGUGGAUCGGGCACGUUGAAGGAGAACCGGACAGAAAAGGGGUGUUCCCCAUGUCUUUUGUGCACAUCCUGAGUGACUGACAGUCAGAGAGAGACUUGCACUACGCCUCUCCCUAAAUUGGAAGGUUGUGUAAAUAGCGAUCACAACACCUCUUGUCACACGGCAAGUGUCCUAAAAGAAGAAAAAACAAGGCUCAUCUAUGCUGUACAAAGAAUGUGUGUAUUCUUCCUUUACCAGUAUUAUCUUAACCCUAUAGCCCGGCUGUGACAAAGCUCACUCUCAAAACCUUAGCACUUACCUAAAGUCUAUGUUAAAUGCUGUUACUGUGUAUAUAUGUAUGUAAAUAUAUAUAUUUGUGUGAGUGUAUAAACAUGUUUUAUUGUACAAAACAUGUACCAUUGCUCUCUACCGGUCCGAUGAAGCGCCAGACUUUGAAUUUUGUCUGGCCCUCGAGUAAUUAUCAGCUUGCAUUUCUGGAAAAAGGACAAGAAGAAUUGGAAUGUGAAAUAGGUCAUGUCACUAUUUGUCUCUUGCAUCCCCGUUUGCCACCGUAGUUGACCGAAGAGGCUGGAAUCUCCCACUAAUAACCCCCCCCCCCCUCACUAAGAUGAAAGCAUUAAAUGUACUCCCUGUUCUUGCUUGCUUUGUGUGUACACGUGUUAUAGUUGUUUUACAGUAUAGAAACCUGCUGCUACUGUGGUGGAAUAUCAAAGCCCGUGUUCACUGUAGGUCACUAAAUGUUACACUGUAUGUAUGCAGCUCUCAACUUGACGCCAGUCCUUUGACCCGCUGUGCAACAAUGACUGGAAUAGAGUGCUGGGUUUGAAGAGCCACUAUUGAUGCAGGUCUACGUUAAAUAAAAGGUAUCCUGUUGAAGCCACUAUGAUUAUAGGAAGCUCAAGAGGAUGUCUUAGCAAUGACUUGAUUUUUUUGACUGGCUAGAAGUGUCCUGUUAACCUUUGUUCAAAAUGAGUCUUGUAGGAAGAAAAAAAACAGCUUUACAUUUUCUUUAAGUUUGAGUCAUGUAAUAUCAAUGUUACUGGAUCCUGUACAUUUCCAGGUUGGCUUCUGAACCAGGGGGACUUGAAGGCUGGAGAGCCGAUGUAUUUCCACUUAAUCCUCCCUGACUUGCAGUCCCUUUCUCCCAUGUUAGCAAACAAACUCAUCCAAUCAUUAAAGUGCUGUACCAACCC